AUGGCCAAGCCUCAGGGCGGCGCCGUCAGCACCCCGCGCCCCCGCUCCUCCUCCGGCGCCAAGGCCGCCGCCGCCGCCACCACCCCGGCCAACCGCAGCUCCGUGGGCUCCUCCUCGUCCGCGCCCCCCGCCCCCCUCGCCAAGGAGGCAGGCAAGCUCCUCACCUACGACGACGACGACGCCGCCUCCGCCGCGCAGCAGCAGCCCGACCCCGCGCUGCCCGAGGGCCUCGCCGUCGCCGACCUCGCGCCGCCGCUCGACCUCCCCGACCCCGCGCUGCCCGAGGGCCUCGCCGCCGCCGACCUCGCGCCGCCGCUCGACCUCCCCGACCCCGACGACGCCGCCUCCUCCUCCUCCACCGUCGUCCCCGCCCCUCCCCGCGACGCGGUCCCCGCCCCCGACCGCUCCGCCCUCGCCCAGGUCGCACGUCCCGCCGACGCCAACGACACUGACGCCGACGCCGAGGGCUACACCGUCCUCAGGGAGCUGGAGGUGGUCCUGGCCGAGCUGCGCGGGGCCAGCGGUCUGAGCGCGCGCUCGAGGCGCCUCCUGGCCGCGCUCGCCGAGGCCGCGGCGGACGAGCUCGACGUUCUCCGCACCCGCCGCGCGGCCUUCUGGAGGAAGCUGCGCGUCGGGGUCCUCGCCGCGACGGUCUUCUCCGUGGCCGCCAUGGACGCCGUCCUCCUCGCCGCGCUCCUGGGCGGCCCCCGCGGCAGCGGCAGCCACGCGCUGCCCCCCACCUGA